GGCUAUGUUGUUUCUGUUCAACACUCAUAAUUUUGUACUUCCAACUCCAAACAUCUCGUCCUCGCUCUGUUCUUUCAGGAAGAAUGGGAUUGUACGAACCUGUCAACAAGCUUGGAAUGUGGGGGAACACUUUUAGAAGCAAUGCCAAUUUAGAUGUACCAUCAUCAACUCUCAUUAUGGAAGUUGAUACCAAACUCGAGAACCAGUCAGAUGAUGCUUCACUUGGUUCGUUGGGAGAUCCUCAUAUUUAUGAUCAAGAAGAUACUAAACGUAUGGAUAAGAUUCAAAGACGGCUCGCCCAAAAUCGGGAAGCAGCCCGCAAAAGUCGCAUACGAAAGAAGGCCUAUAUUAAGCAACUGGAAACGAGCCGUUUGAGACUUAUUCGAUUAGAGCAAGAGCUUGAAAAAGCAAGGCAACAAGAUCUGUUUGCUGGAUCUCGAUUUGAUCAUUAUCAGAUGGGCUUAUCUGGAACCACAAAUUCAGUCAUCCCUGCAUUUGAAUCAGAGUACGAGCAAUGGGUAGAAGAGCAGAACAAGCAGAUUUGUGAUCUAAGGAAUGUUGUGCAUGCUGAUAUCACUGAUAUUGAGCUUCGAAUACUUGUAGAAAAUGCAAUGAGACACUACUUCAAAUUUUUUCACAUGAAAGCCAAAGCUGCAAAAACCGAUGUUUUUUACAUUAUGUCAGGCAUGUGGAAAACUUCAGCCGAAAGACUUUUCUUAUGGAUAGGAGGAAUUCGCCCUUCAGAACUUCUCAAGGUCUUGAUACCUCAACUGGAGACACUGACUGAUCAACAAAUUUCGGAAACUAGUAGCCUUAGGAAAUCAUGUCUACAAGCAGAAGAUGCUUUAAGACAAGGUAUGGAAAAACUACAACAAAACCUAUUUGAGAGCAUAGUGGCUAGUCAACUCGAUGAAGGAAGUUAUCCCCUACAGAUGACCGCUGCAAUCGAAAGAUUAGAAGCACUCAUUAGCUUUGUGAAUCAGGCUGACCAUCUACGGCAGGAAACAUUACAACAGAUGUACAAAAUUCUAACAACUCGGCAAUCUGCUCAAGGUCUUCUUACUCUAGGAGAGUUUUUCCAACGACUCCGAGCGUUGAGCUCACUUUGGGCUAACCGUCCUUGUGGGCCUGUAUAGUUUAUCAUCAAAAAAAUUUAAGCUCAAAGUUACCACACCCAUUUGAAUAUCAAGAAUCUUACUAGGGAAAUUUUGUAAAUAUGAUCAAUUUUUUAACUAUAUAGUAAUGCCAUGUUGUCUUGAAAAUAAUCUAUUUAGUGUCGAUAUAAUCCAUCUUCGUAAUUCUUCUAGUGUAAAUGUAUGUGCUUUGUGAAGGUACUAGUCCUUUAUUUUCUAUUAGUUGAUUCAAAUUGGAACUUCUGGGUU